CGGCGGGGCGGGCGGAGGGUUGGACGGAGCAGGAAGUGAGAGCUGCUAGCAGCCCGGGAGGAGGCCGGGCCCCAGCUCCGGACAGCCCCGGAAACAGAGACACAGACACACACACAGAUCCAGCCAGCCCCUCUGCAGCCGGCAGGCCCCGGGAGUCCCAGCUAUGGAGGAAGCCAGCGGAGGCGGGGGCAGCGACCGGGUGAGGAGCCUGCAGAGUGAGGUGGAGGGCGUGAAGAAUAUUAUGACCCAGAACGUGGAGCGCAUCCUGGCCCGGGGAGAGAACCUCGACCAUCUGCGCAACAAGACAGAGGACCUGGAGGCCACGUCGGAGCACUUCAAGACCACAUCUCAGAAGGUGGCCCGGAAGUUCUGGUGGAAGAACGUGAAGAUGAUCGUACUCAUCUGCGUGAUCGUCGGCAUCAUCAUCCUCUUCAUCGUGCUCUUUGCCACUAAGACGAUCCCAACUUAGAGGGUCCCCCCACCGUGGAUUCCUGGCCUCCUUCCUCUAGCUCCCCCUCCCCCAUGGCCAGAGGGUGCCAUCUCCCUGUCCUCCUUUUCCUCUGAGGGUGGAGACCCAUCCUGUCUCCUCCUGCUCCUCCCCUCUCACCCCUGGGACCCUCUCCUGCUUGCUCCAGGGGCUCACCGGCCCUGCCUGCCUGGAACUGGGUUUCUGGGGCCUCAGAUUCGCCGCAGGGGUGUGCUGGAGACACGUAUGGAAUAAAGACCUUUCUGUGUUCCUGCC